AUGCGCGUUGUAACGCAGGCGACCACGUAUGAUCCCAAUGGUGACUACGUUGCUCAUUGGAUACCUGAGCUAGCAGCCCUCCCUCCUUCCCUGCGUCACUCUCCCUACCGCCUCUCUCCUUCCGAGCGGGCUGUGUACAAAUUGGAUGCCUUAGGAUCGAGCUACCCCUUGAAGCCUGUGGUGCCAUUGAAAUUUGGCGGUGGUGCUGCUGGUCCUAGGGAUUCUAGGAAUGGAGGAGGUGGUGGUAGAGGAAGGGGGUCCAACAACAAUGUUAAUGAGCGUCGUUCACUGAGGGGCGUUAUGAUCAAGGCGGCUUGCGUGAUUGGCGGCGCGUACAUAUUGAAGAGAUUGAUUAGUCGGGCUAGGAGGGAUCACUGUCGCGAAGUUACUAAUCUGUUGACUGGAGAGAAGUUUUCAGCAGACCAAGCAGCACGCGAUCCUGCUAACUUUUUCAAUCUCAGGCUCGAUUCUUGUCCUGCAGCCGUUUUGGAAGAUGGCUCUCGUGUCCUUUACUGCGAGCAGGCCUUCUGGAGGUCACCUGAAAAACCUUUUCGCCAGCGCUUCUAUGUUGUGAGGCCAUGCGCCAAAGAGAUGAAGUGUGAUGCUGAGGUGGCCAGCUAUGCUCUUCGAGAUGUUGAAGAGUACCGGAAUUUUUGUGAGCGCCCAAAGAAUCAGCGGCCACAACCAGAGGAGGUCAUCGGGGAUAUUUCGGAGCACCUUGCCACGGUGUACCUCUCGCGAUGUGAGGGAGGACGGAAGUGUGCAUAUGAAGGCUCAACGCCUCCAGGAGGCUUUCCAAACAACUGGAACGGAGCUACUCGGUGCACUUCAGAGCUCACUCUGUUUCGCAGUGGAGAAGUCCACAGCUGGGACAGAGGCUACAAAGAUGACGGGGUGCAGGUGUGGGGUCCGAAGUCAGCUCCUUACGAGUAUAAGCCGAAGCACAUGCGGACCCGUCUUUUAGGGUUAGACUCCUCCUCGGGAAUGCCGCCGUCGAUUCAACAGCAGCUCUCCGGCCCCCCUGCGGCGCCAACCGGCACCGCUCUGAACCGAGAUCGGCUGAUGAACCGGCGAAGGGACCGGCGGGAAAAUCAGGAGAACGAAGGAGUGGCGCAAAUGGCGAAUAAUCUGAAACGGCGCCGGGAGGUUAGGGUUCGGCUAAGAGGCCUUCAAGCGCAAGUUGCGGAGUGCUCCAACCGCAACGAGCUGAGCAUUGGGUCGAGCAAGUUUGAGGAGAUUCUCGAGACAGCCAACAAGCUGACAACGAACCCUGGCGUGGCCUCGGAUCUGAAGCUGCGGGAGAAGCUCAUGGACGCGGACGUGCUCGACGGCCUCUCGCAGGUGCUGGCGCACUCCACGGAAGCGCUGCUGCGCCGCCACGCUGCCACGCCUGAGCAGUUCGUCGCCGCGCUCAGAGCCAAGUACCUCGUCCGCGCAGGGCUGCUGGGGCCCAUGGAAGCGGAGGCGCCCAAGCGCAGGGUGCAGGCAGUCAGGCGCAAGAGGGACGCGGUGGGGGCCACUGUGGUGCCGGAUCAGAUGAACAAGCAGCAAGGGAAGGAAGGGGAAGCAGGAGAGGGCAGUGGCAGCAAGGAGACAGCAACGGAGGCGACAGUGAAGGAGAUGUACCGGCGGCUCAAGAGGGCCCCACGGCACCGUGUGCAGCUGCCGCAGCUGCUGCUGUCGCGCACGUCGUUUGCUCACACGGUUGAGAACAUGUUUGCGCUCUCUUUCCUUGUGAAAGAGGGGCGCGUGGGGCUCACGCCUGAUCCAACGUUUGGGGCUGCUGUUGACCUUCGCCCACCUGUGGAGCCUGCAUCAGGAAGCGCGGAGCCCAAGGGGCAGUUUAUAAUGCGCCUUGAUAUCAACGACUGGAAGAAACUGUGCGAGGCGGUGCCUGAUGGUGCAGAAGUUAUGACUGCACGAGAAGGGGGGAGAGGGGGAGGGGGAGGCAGAGCGGGAGGGCGAGGAGGAGGAGGAGGAGGAGGAGGAGGAGGAGGAGGAGGAGGAGGAGGAGGAGGAGGAGGGGAGGAGGAGGAGGAGGAGGAGGAGGAGGAGGAGGAGGAGGAGGAGGAGGAGGAGGAGGAGGAGGAGGAGGAGGAGCAAGAGAUGCAGGAGGGGCGGGAGGUGCAGGAGAAGGGCCGGGAGGGGCAGGAGAGGCUGGGGAGCAGGGGGAGCGGGAGAAGCAGGAGGGGCAGAUGGAGCUUUGUAUGA